GAAGGGGACCAAAAAGGGGAAGCCAACGUUCCCCACGGGUUAGCUGUCCAUUAACUGCUCAAGCCACCGCGCAGCGGAAAGUCCAGGGCCAACUUGCACCCAUUUUGCGCCCGGUUUUUGCCAGACCCUAAAAUGAAAGGACAAAAUUUGGCGCUGACUCUUGCAGCUCUGAUGGCGACUUGUGCGAUUUCAGCGGCAUCUCCCGGAGAAAAAGCCAUGCGUGCCUGAUUGUUCUGUGGCCCCAAAGCUGCUGUGUGUGUCUGUGUUUGCGCGCCUGUCUGCGUGUUUGUGUGUGUGUGUGUGUGUGUGUGUGUGUGUGUGUGUGUGUGUGUGUGUGGGUGUGUGUCUGUGUGUACAUAGACGUCCACUACCUAACUCGCUGCAGGAGCAGCCCCUGGAAGCAGACGUUUCGGCCACAGACCCAGAGAGGAGGAGCUGAGGAUCAGGAGGCGUGAGCCGCCGAGAGUCUGCAGAAUUCGUGGUGUGAAUGAACUGGGGGCACCUUGGGCACAGGGAUCGCCCCCCCCCUUCCCCGCCUCGGGCCACAGUUGAGUAGUGGGGCAUUUUUUUCACCCUCUUGUGAAGAAUUUUUUUUAUUAUUUGUUGUAAAGUCUUUUGCACAAUCACGCCCACAUUUGGGGUUGGAAAGCCCUAAUUACCUCCGUCGCUGAUGGACGUUAGAGAGGGAGCGCCUCGCCGCGGAACAGUCGCCUGCGCGCCCUCGUCGGACCCGCGGCUCCUGCACCGUGUCCCGGCUCGGCCCUGCGCUUGCUGCUGGCCGGUGCGCGCCGGCGCCCUCUCGGUUCCUGGGCGCAUCUCCAGGCUAUACCAGCUCGGCAUUCGGAGCCCGGGCGCCAGUGCUCGCUUCUGCUCCGGGUCGCUGCGCCCACCCGACGCGCCCAGGAGGACUCCACAGCCCUGCUCUGGAUCGUCCCCCCAGGCUUAACCCGGCGGCUUCGCUUGGAUUCCUCGGCCGCCUUCGCUCGGGUGGCGACUUCCUCCCCGAGCCCCCUCCCCCUCGCCAUGAAGAAGUCCAUUGGAAUAUUAAGCCCGGGAGUAGCUUUGGGGACGGCUGGAGGUGCGAUGUCUUCCAAGUUCUUCCUAAUGGCUUUGGCCACAUUUUUCUCCUUCGCCCAGGUUGUAAUAGAAGCUAAUUCUUGGUGGUCGCUAGGUAUGAAUAACCCCGUUCAGAUGUCGGAGGUCUACAUCAUCGGAGCUCAGCCUCUCUGCAGCCAACUGGCGGGACUUUCUCAAGGACAGAAGAAACUCUGCCACUUGUAUCAGGAUCACAUGCAGUACAUCGGAGAAGGCGCCAAGACAGGCAUUAAAGAGUGUCAGUACCAGUUUCGGCACCGCAGAUGGAACUGCAGCACAGUGGACAACACCUCCGUCUUUGGCAGGGUGAUGCAGAUCGGCAGCCGAGAGACGGCCUUCACAUAUGCGGUGAGCGCAGCUGGGGUGGUGAAUGCCAUGAGCCGUGCAUGCCGCGAGGGCGAGCUGUCCACCUGUGGCUGCAGCCGUGCUGCGCGCCCCAAGGACCUGCCUCGGGACUGGCUGUGGGGCGGCUGUGGGGACAACAUCGACUAUGGCUACCGCUUCGCCAAGGAAUUCGUGGAUGCACGGGAACGGGAACGAAUCCAUGCCAAGGGCUCCUAUGAGAGUGCGCGCAUUCUCAUGAACCUGCACAACAAUGAAGCAGGCCGUAGGACAGUAUACAACCUGGCCGAUGUAGCCUGCAAGUGCCAUGGAGUGUCGGGCUCGUGUAGCCUCAAGACAUGCUGGCUGCAGCUGGCGGACUUCCGAAAGGUGGGCGAUGCCCUCAAGGAGAAGUAUGACAGCGCAGCAGCCAUGAGACUGAACAGCCGGGGCAAGCUGGUCCAGGUCAACAGCCGCUUCAACUCCCCGACCACGCAGGACCUGGUCUAUAUCGACCCGAGCCCGGACUACUGCGUGCGCAACGAGAGCACAGGUUCUCUGGGCACACAGGGCCGCCUGUGCAACAAGACCUCCGAGGGCAUGGACGGCUGUGAGCUCAUGUGCUGCGGCCGCGGUUACGACCAGUUUAAGACCGUGCAGACAGAACGCUGCCAUUGCAAGUUUCACUGGUGCUGCUACGUCAAGUGCAAGAAGUGCACGGAGAUCGUGGAUCAGUUCGUGUGCAAAUAGUGGUGUGCCUGCCUGCCCAUCCCUCAGCCCCAUUCCCAGGACCCACUUAUUUAUAGAAAGUACAGUGAUUCUGGCUCUUUUUAUUUUCCCCCAGGAAUUGCAGCUGGAACCAUAUUUUUGUUUCUGUUACCAUCUGAGAACUCUGUGGUUUAUUAUUAAUAUUAUAAUUAAUAUUUGGCAAUAAUGGGGGAAACCAAGAAAAAAUAUUUAUUUUACGAAUCUUUGCAAAGUUAGUACAAAACUUCUUUCUUCUGAUGCUACAGGAUAAAGGGGAAAUAACACAUAUUCUUUUAGCUGCAUGGUUGGGGUUCACAUCUAGAAGGUAUAGGAACUAUUUUCUUCUCAAAUACAGAGUCCUGUGGGACAGGUGGUACCCAGGUGAAAGAGGUUGGUAAGACCCAUGAAUGAUUCAGUUCCUAUGGCCAAAAUGAAUUGCAGAUGCUCUGGUGCAAGACAAAAGAUCUUAAAUCUAGAUAUAUUAAAUAUACAUAUAUGGCAGAAAUACAGACUAGGAGACACUCCCCAUUCCAGAGGUUAGCAGCCCUCUUUUUGUAUGUUCAGGAUCAUCUUUCAGAAUGUAAGAGCAAGAAUCUCAUAUCUUCCUAAACAAGCAUAGCAUGUAUGUUAUUAUAGCCCACCUACAGAUACUCCAGUUAUGGAUGUGCCUUUUUCUAACAGUUCAUGGAACUUGGGGAGCUGGUGGGCAGUGUGUGUGUGGGAUGUCCCCAGAAAUUAGAAAACUUGAAAUUUCCCAUAUUGAGGCCGUAAUCUUAUAGUGUUAGCCCCAGCUGAUUCUGAAUACCAGACUUUAUGUCUGGGAAGGGAUUUUGACUCAAAAACGCUCUCGUUUUGGAAGCCAUCUUCCUGUCUUAAAAAAUGAAAAUUACCCAUGAAUUCCAUUUGCAGACCCUCUCCCCAGACAACAAGGAAAGCCCACAGAGUUGAGCACUGCGGAAGGGCAGAAUACCUCUUUGAGGAGAAAGUGGCAGCCACCUUCCUACUUGACCCCAAGCCCUCUCUGGACUCUCUGUGCCCUGUGUGAUGCUGACCAUGCUUCCAAAUGACAGCUACAUGGAUGCUCAUUGCUUGCAGGGCAGGAAAUGUACGUGAGGAGUUAUGCUCAAAAACGGCUACUUGGGGGAUUGUUUUAUUUCUCUAAAGCUUUUCUUUUGAGGUACAGUAACUUCAUGUGUUUUGCUGUUAUUUCUUGGCCCAAGGAGUCCACAGAGGUGUUGUGACUGGUAUAACCCUGUAUUUAGACUAUCCAUUUGUGCUUUUCCUAUUAUCCUGCAGGUGUAUGCCGAAACUGUUCCUAGUGUACUUGAACAGUUGCAUUUAUAAGGGGGGAGGGAGUGGUUUAAUGGUGCCUGAUAUCUCAGUCUUUUGUACAUAACAUAUAUAUAAAUAUACAUAUAUAAAUAUAGAUAUAAUUAUAUCUCAGUGCAGUCCGUGAUUUAGAUUUACAGUUUGCUCUGGGCUUACUCUCUGCCUGGAGUACUGUCCUUCACUGAAGUCCAGUUGGGAUUUCUUUUUUCCAAAAUUUUGAGUCUUGACAUUGGCAUGUAACUCUCUGGGAUCCUACCACAAAUGCCAGGAAGCAAGCUAGACUCUGCAGAAGCGUUCAGGGCUGGUGUCCUGAGAUGCACAUUGGUUAGAAGGUGGCCUUUCUGCUUCCUGCCCACCCACCCACCCCCAGUUCUCCACCCCCUCUUUGGUAUUCUUUGUGGGGAGGGCAUUGUGGUCUGUCACAGCUGCGGAUCUUGAGAGGCACUCAGAACCCAGGAGCCAACCUCAUCUCCAUUUGCUUAACUCAUUUCUCAGUGAGGACUGACCAGAGUUCCUGAAGCAAAUCCGCUCACCACAUAGAUAGUUAGUUUAAACAAUGUUUUAAAAUAAGGGCACCUCUAUUUCAAAAGCGGCAUCUGCUGUGUUGUUGUUGGGCCCGAUGCUGGUUUUCAAGGUUUGAAAAGAUGUAUGUCUCCCUUCAUAGGCUUGGUGGCCUUCCGGUCACCUCAGCCCUGUGGCUCUUAACUUAUUGCCCCCAAAUAUUCAUUUCCCCUCAGCUACAGUGAAUCACAAGCAAACGAUCUUGAAAUAAAAAAGCACUAAUUUAGUUUAAAAUGUCACUUUUUUGGUUUUUAUUCUACAAAAACCACGAAGUAUGCUUUUUAUAUUUGCUAAAUCAGAUUAUGUUCUUUUUUUAGUGAUUCAUGUUUAUGAGCAGAGUGGAGUUUAACAAUCCUAGCUUUAAAAAAAAUCUAUUUAAUGUAAGAUAUUCUACGCGUCAUUCAGAUAUUUUGUAUAUCCUCUAUGGCCUUUAUUCUGUACUUUUAAUGUACAUAUUUCUGUCUUGUGUGAUUUGUAUAUUUCACUGGUUAAAAAAAAACAUCGAAAGGCUUUUGCCAAUGGAAGAUAGAAUAUAAAAUAAAAAGUUACUUGUAUAUUGGUAA